AUGGACGAUGACUUCGUGGCUUCCUCCACACCCCCAUUUCUCACUGAAAGCUUGGAGAUGGCAAUGGAGGUGGAGAAUGAGAACUCAAAGCCGCCUUGUUUCUCCUGUGCUUUUGACAACCAAAAUGGAGGGAGAAGCUUCUCUGCAGACUCUUACUUAGCAAGUGGGUCUCUGAAGAGGGUUUUGCUGAGACUAGAUCCUUCUCCAAAUGACUAUGAAGAUGAUGUAGUGGAAAUGUUUGGCUUUCAGUGGGUUACUGAAACGGCAUUAGUUGAAUCCUGCGGGCUUCUUUUUGGAUUACUUAGGCAACAGAUAUACAGACUGGAAAACCUAGUUCAAAUGAGUUCAUCUGAUUUUGGUCAAGCUGCAAACUUGCACUCUGAAGCAGAGAGCAUCAGGCAUCAAUGUAUUGAGUUUUUGCAUUAUGUGAAGGUUUUCAUCUUCAGGUAUCUGGAACCUCCUAAAGUGGAAAAUGAUGGAAUGCUGCAUCCAUAUGAAGAACUAGAAGCACAGUUACCAUCAGUGUUGGUGGAAGAGCUUCAUGCUUUGACCAUGCACAUUGGUCACCUUUGUGAACUCCCUAGUAGUGUCCUGGCAGCAUUUACUAUUCAACAUCAGGCAAAGGUCUUUCCCCCAUCAUGGCAUUUACUACACCUCCACUUGGAUAUUAAUUGGCUAGUAUUGGAAGUUCUUCAUGUACUAGGUGAAAAAAUGAUGAGACAAGUUGUAUAUGCUAACCAUUUCAUAAAUCUAACCGGAGAGAAUUUAACCAGUAUCAGUUUAUUUGAAACACACUGUGGAAGUCUCAUAUCUGAUUUAAUAAGCUUGUCCAUCAACAAGUAUAUAAAGCUUAAAGAAUUAUGGAUUCUACUUAUUCAGCUGCUGGACCACAGAAAUAAAGGGUCUCACACAGAGUGUUUCUGGAGCUUGGUGAACAAAACUAUAAAGAAUAUCUUUGAAAGGCCAAGUAGUUCUGAAAGGAUGACUGGUUUUGAAACAAUUCAGUGUAAAGACCCAUUGAGUUUUAGCUGGUGGAUUAUUACUCAUCUCUCAUCACUCUACCAGUUUGACCGUAAUGGAAAUCUAGAUGAAAAGAAACAAAAGGAAUCCAAUUGGAAAUAUGUGGAAGAACUCCUUAAAAAAUCCACUGAUGCUCAAACUGGUGUUUUAGAGGAACACUUACGAAUGCAUCUUCAGUGCUGUUUGACUUUGUGUAGUUCCUGGGACUUGAACCUAUCUAUUGUCACCAUACUCUGGGAUUAUUACAGCAAGAACCUGAACAGUGGCUUUACCAUUCCUUGGCUUGGUCUGAAGGGUCUGGCAAACGUUAGUAAAACUUCUUUGUCAAUGCUUGAGUUGGUGAAAAGUUGCUGCUGUGAACAGCAGAUCCCCGCCCUGUACGAGUCCAGCAACAGUUACUUGAUUUUUCUCAGCAUUUUGGCACAGAUGAUGAAAGAAGAGGCAGAGAACAGUGGCGUGCAUCCUUGGAAACAAAUCAAAGGACGAAUUUAUUCCAAGUUUCAUCGGAGAAGAAUGCAGGAGCUGACAGAAGUGGGGCUGCAGAACUUUUUUAGUCUGUUCCUCAUGCUAGCAAUUGUUGCAGAGACAGAAGAUAUAGUGAGUCGAGUGUUGGAUCUUUUGGAUUUCCUGACUCCAUCCUCCAUCACCAUUUCUCAGAGAGCUCUCAUUUGGAGAGGUCAUUUUGCUUUCCUUUUGAUUUACGUUGAGAAGAACAUGGACAUUAGUGUCCUAGCUGAGAAACUCUCAAAUGCUUUCCGUGAGAAGGCAAAGGAGUUUUUAGUAACCAAAAAUGACUACACACAGAAACAAAAUCUCUGGACUCUACUUUCAUCCUACAUUGAUGGUGUCCAAGAAGUGUUUGAGACCAGCUGCUACUUGAGCCUUUCUGAGGAAAAGUUGCUAAAUGAUGGCUUUACUAUGUUGCUGCCUGCUUGUCGAGGAGCUGAACUGAGUAUGGUCCUAAAUUUUCUUCAGGUUGUUCUAGCCAGACUUCGGAGCGUGCACAAACGUGUAAGCCAGGGACUUCAACUAGGGAACGCGGCCCCAGAUGCACAGCUUCCAUUAGUGAGAAUGUCACAGUUGCCACCUUCCCCACAGCUUGCUGAUACAGCUGCAGGGUUUACUCUCUUAGCUUUGGAUAUACCCAGCAAAGCCCUAUCAGAUCUCCAGCCACAGCCUGUUCUAUCAAUGAUGCAGCUGUUUGGAUGGGAUGACAUGGUGUGGCCUCAGCUGGUGUCAAGAUAUCUAAGUCACCUAAUUCAGAACAGUGCACUGUGUGAAGCUUUUUCUAGUAUGGGAUAUACAUCCUAUGAAGCUUUGACAGUGCGUUCUUGGUUUCGAUGCAUUUUGCAAAUGUUCAUAGAUCAACCGACUGGUACGCUGGCCAAGACAGAUGCUGAGCGAACAGUUGGGAAAGCCUAUAUGGAGCAGCUGACUGAAAUGACAAGACUGAUUUUUAAACUCUCAGAAGUAGAAAACAUUCUUUCAAAGGCUCAGGUUGAAGAGUCAGUUUUCAAGCAAGACCCUAAAAAUGCUCUUGUGCAAUUCAUUAAGGCUGUUGGUAGAACUUACAGUGGCCUUCAGACACUCCCUGAGAAAUCUGCCAUGGUAGCAAAGACUCUGGAGUAUUUAGGUGAUGUAUUAAAGUAUGUAAAACCUUAUCUGAAGGUAAAAGGACCUCCAGAAGGGCUGCAGCUUACAUAUUGGAUCAUAGGAUGUCUGGUAAAGUUCUGGGCACCGAUACUGGCUACUUCCAAAGCACAGCAACUCUUGUUCCGCAUCGUGGAUUGCUUACUGCUGCCGCACUCUGUGCUCCAGCAGGACAAAGAGCUGCCUGUGGCUUUGCUGUCUGCCAUUCAGGAAAGUCUACCUCUUUAUCUUCAGGGCCUGUCCUUUAUAUGUUGUCAGUCCCAAACACAGGGCGCCUAUUUAAAUCAACUGCUUGGGAGCAUUAUUCAACAGUAUUUUGGACGAUUUCUCCCUUCUUCUCCGACUGCGCUUGGGGCCGGACAGCAUCCUAUGCUGACUGCUUUAUGCAGCUCCAUUACAGCCCCCCAGAUGCUACGUCUACGGAAGACCACUCUGCAUGUCGUAAAUGAAAACUACAUGCAGUUCAAAGGUAACGCUCCACCUCCUCGCUUGGCCUCAGUCCUUGCGUUCAUUCUUGAAGUACUUCAGAGAACUCAGAGCACUGAACUAUGUGACAUUGACUUAGUUCUCCCGGCUGUGUUGAAAUGCAUGGUGUUGGUUAAUGAGCUACAAGUUAAAAAAAUAUCUACAGACAUUCUACAGUACGUGGUAGAAGGCUGCCAAGCAGGGUCAGGAGGAGAACGUGCCACCCAGCUGACUUCUGUAUUUAGGCGGUUUAUCCAGGACUACACUGCUGUGUAUGAUCACCGGGUUUUCAGCAUACUGGAAACAGUGGCAGUCUUGGAUCAGACGUUAGUUACCAGCCUGAUUCCCACAAUCACACAGUCGCUGAAGGAUUCGGAGCGCAAACAAGGUCUUGGAAGAAAUGCUGCACAGAGAGAAGCCUAUAAAAGACUCUUAUCUUACCUCACAGAGGCUGGACAAAAUGAGAUACAAAAACUGGAAAAUGAGACAGAACCAGUAGAUGCUUCUGGUGUUACCAGCACGUCAUAUACCAACGUGAGAGAUCAUCACCUCUGCAUUGUGGGUGUUGGAACAGGCAAUUUCAGACACCCGUCUUCCCUGAAAGCCAGGGAGCAUCAGGACAGAAUUCCCUGCAGGCCACAGAGUGAAGAUGUGGCACUGCCUUGCUGGGCCUUACAGGUUUUGGAGUCUUUGUUUCUCCAAAGCAAUGGGUUACCAAAAGCUUCCACCAGCGCUGGGCAGAUUUCUUUCUCUGCUGAGCCAUUUGCAGGAUGA